GGGCAGGGGGAGGGCAUGGACGCUUAGUGGGGGCUCGAAAGGGAGCGCGUCAUCAUUCCCUGCUGUAUAAGUGUAGAUCAAUAAUAAUAACAAUAAUAAACUGCACACCGAUGUAUUAUUCAUGUUAGUCUCAUCUGUCCUCUUCCAUCCUUCAUAUUGCCCUCAACCGCCAUGAUCAAGGCUUCGCAGAAGCAUGCCGUCUGUUUACAAUCCCUUAGAAUUAGAAGUGAUUAAGAAACUACAGAUAUCGGGUUGUAUGUCAAUAAGAAGAUGGGAAUUUGCCCCUCUGAACUCAUCGUAGACAUUUUCUUCAGUCCACCGAUGAAUCAUAACUGCCCUCUUCACUGUUGUGACUGAGUAUUGAUCCCUCAGGAGUUAUCCUGCUUCUACAGACUGAAUGCAAACAUGUGGUUUAGUUUUUACAGGGGAAAAAAAAGCAAAAUUCAAUACUGCAGAUGAUCAAACAAGUUGAUAAUGAACUUCAGAGGGAACCCUAGUGGACGCUUUAGUGUUCGGACUCUGCUAAGAUAAAUGAAUGGGGAGUCAGCAUUUUUCAUUGAAGCGGUACUUUGAGGCUUGUGGGCUUUGAACAUAAGUGGAAAUACAAAUGUAUCCAGCAGCACCGAUUUGCUCACAGACUAUAGAUUUUCCUGGGCUCCGAUGUCAGAUGAUGACGGAUGACAGGUCGCCCAUGUCGCUGUUAGUGUCUGAAGCACACAGAUGUGACUGUGUCCUCUAAGGGUCACCGAGGAAAGCAGUCUGUCUGCGAUCUGGCUCUGAGGGAUUUUGUGUGGGGGGGGGUGUGGGUCAUGUUAAGCUAACAGUCUAUGCUCAGGAGCUUGAUGGCUUUUCCCCAGGGACCCCAGUGCAUCAUCUAUUUUCACAGAGAUCGCCGUGUGGGCCACCAUGAAUUUGUCUAGCUCCAGGUUAAUAAGUUGCGCACAACCUGUCCUUGAUUACUGCUCGCAUUUUAUUCUGCUUCACUGUAGAGGGAAGCAUACACACCAGGUACAGGACGGCAUGAGCAGCAUGUCCACACAGUUUACUCCUGUGCUUACAUACAUCAUCAUGGAACAGAAGAACACGACCAAUGCAUUUCUUAUGGAAGCAGUGCUUCGACACCUUCGGGUAUCAGUUUCCUGCAGCAUUGCAGCCCCUAUUAUUCUGGAUGGGUGCAAAUCUGCAGCGCAGUGAAAAAAGGCAUGCAUCAAACUCUGCUGGGAUGUACGCACUCAUACUUUAUUGAUGUCACAUUAAGAUUAGUCAACCUGCAUUUGUUGUAUCACCACCAAAUAGUUAAUUGAGAACAACAGCGCUAUGGUUGGUGAGAGAUGGCCCUUUCAUUAGUACCCUCCGGAUAAGCUUGACAAAUAGAGAUCGAACCUGCAUGCUCUUGUGCUAGGGUCUGCUGGUAUGAUACAACAAUCACAGAUAAUACAGUUUCUCAUCUGUCUGCUUUUCUGAACAGCUAUUUGCGCAGUAACUGUGUGAUUAAAGCUAAAGAAACGGAGACGCCUGCUCGCCGCAUUACUGCCUAAGCAGCGGCUGUUCCGAAACGCUAAACCGUGGCAUUGUUUCGCAGCGAUAAGCUGACUUAAAAUACGAAGUGGUGAUGUUACUUCUUCCAUUUUGUGCUUAACAUUACCACGGUAGAAACACAAUUUGGAAAAGAAAAUGCACUGAAUAUAUAUAUAAUUUUCAAAAGGAAUGCACUGGAUUAUUGAGUUUCCUAGUUAGGCAAAAUGUCAGUCCAGCUGCAAAAUGCCAUAUUCCUAAACACUUGGCAGUCCAAUUCAGGAAGCCUGAAAGUCAUCUAACCUCUCAAAGAUUCUGCACAGGUUUGAUUGCAAAAGUGGCGUUAAAGCCGGGGUUCUGGCUGCAGGUCGCCGCAGUUUGGCUGGUUUCUUCAGGAACCGCUGGUCUGCACCCCCAUUAUAUUCGACGUCGUAUUAGCAGGAACACGCUGCACCGGCCACGACGGUAGCCAUCUGCCGCCGUUUCAGGACGAUUUGUGCGAGGGAGCGAAGGAUGGCUGCGUUGCUGGAGCCGGUUAUUGCCGCCAGUGCAGCGGCCGACCAGGCGCUUCGGCACGGACACACGCCCCGGCUCUCUGCCGCCCACACGCGUGCAACGACACUCUUUUAUGCCUUUGGCAGAUUAUGGCUGAGGACACCGGCCUGACGAUUGAUGGAGGGUCAUGCUACCCGCACAGCAGGCACUGCUCAGACAGAAGUUCCUCGUGUUGGGAAGCCUCGCCAUUGGGAGUCUCCUUUACCUCGUGGCCAGAGUUGGUAGCUUGGACAGGCUGCAGCCUAUCUGCUCUGUGGAAAGCAGACUGGCACCACGUCCCCUGGGGCAGAUCCUGCUACGGACGCUGCAGUACAAGCGUGGCUUGGCCCACGAGCCACACAGGGUCAACGGCACGCAAGAGCAGGUGGGUCUGCAGCGGCUGGUGCAGCAGCUUCCCCACGCCAUCAUCAUCGGCGUCCGCAAAGGGGGCACACGCGCCCUGCUGGAGAUGCUCAACCUGCACCCAGCCGUGGUCAAGGCCUCCCAGGAGAUCCACUUCUUCGACAACGACCAGAACUAUGCGCGUGGGGUUGACUGGUACCGCCAGAAGAUGCCCUUCUCCUUCCCCCAGCAGAUAACCAUCGAGAAGAGUCCCGCCUACUUCAUCACCGAGGAGGUGCCAGAGCGCAUCUUCAAGAUGAACUCCUCCAUCAAGCUGCUGGUGAUUGUGCGCGAGCCCACCACCCGUGCCAUCUCCGACUACACCCAGGUGCUGGAAGGCAAGGAAAGGAAGAACAAAACCUACCACAAGUUUGAGAAGUUGGCCAUCGACGCGAACACCUGCGAGGUGAACACCAAGUACAAGGCCGUGCGGACCAGCAUAUACACCAAACACCUGGAGCGAUGGCUCAAGUACUUCCCUGUGGAGCAGUUCCACAUCGUGGAUGGGGACCGCCUCAUAGUGGACCCUCUGCCAGAGCUGCAGCUGGUGGAGCAGUUCCUGGAGCUCCCAUCCCGCAUCAGUCAGUACAACCUGUACUACAACGCCACCAGGGGCUUCUACUGCCUGCGAUUCAACGUCGUCUUCAGCAAGUGCCUGGCAGGAAGCAAGGGUCGCAUCCACCCCGACGUCGACCCCCCCGUGGUGGCCAAGCUGCAAAGGUUCUUCCACCCGUUCAAUCAGAAGUUUUACCAGAUCACCGGCAGGACAUUCAACUGGCCCUGAGGAGCUCGGCGACUCACGUGCUCGUUGUUGGAGUCGAUAUACUGGCAUUUCCAGAACUGUCCCUUUUAAAAAUAAAAUGUUCAAAGCACUUUUUGAUUGCAACUGAGACUGAAAGGUAUCACAAGGUGACCAAAUUAGGAAUGGGAUCAAUAUUUGUAAUUUAUAUAUGUAUAUGUAUGUACAAAGCCACCGGAUGACAGCUGAUGGCUGUAGUUUGUAAGCAUUUAUUGAAAGUGCCCAUUCUUUCUAUUAAUUGCCUGUUUAGUUUCAGACAAAAUGAUUCUGCUUUAUAGACGGUUUUUAUCUGGAUCCAUUCGGUCUUAUUUUACUUCACCGAAAGAUUAUACCAGCUGACCUGGUCAUGCUGUUUUCUUUAAGGUGAUCGUCAGCCACAAAAUAUAGACCACAGCAUAAAACAGUAUCUCUUCACACGAGAAAAAAAGCCUGUUAAGUUUCAGCUGUUACUCUCAGGGGUAGGGCACCUGAUCCAUGGAGAGCCGG